CUCAGGUGAAUGUAAUGGUAGCUACAAGACAUCGACCUUAGCCGUUCAUCCAAGAUGUAUCCGUUGAUCUUGCGACGGAGUGGAUUUUUAAACGCGGGUUGAAUGGUAGUGUCUAGAAAGGGUAUGUCCCUUCAGGAGAGAGGUGCCAAUGUCCAACCGGCCUAAUUCCAAUCCAGGGGGGUCACUGCGCCGUUCACAGAGGAACACUGCUGCGGCCCAGCCACAAGACCAUACAGUCCCGGGAAGGUUGCAGUCAGAGCAGGUAAAACAUAAAGCAAAUUCCCAACCUGAAAAUAGAAGAUCUAGUUCUAAGGCUUCCAAAGCCACGCCCAGCUCAACCUCUGGCCAGUCCAGAGGGCACAGCUCAAGAAGAAGCGGUCUUACUCUGUCCGUGGCUUCAUUUGUGCUUCAAGACGACCCCGAGGCUGCAGGGACAUCUGAGCAAGAGCAACCAGGCCACCAGUCAAAGAGUGAAAGCACCCGAGGGCUAAAGCGAAACUUAGCUCCUGACCAUAUCAGUACCUUUGACCCCCCCACUGCCAAGAAGUCAAAGUCACCCCCAACAUCCCGAGAAAGCACAUCUGAGACCAAGAAAGGCCCAGCUAAGUCAAAGAAGAGACCACUGACAACAGAACUACCUGCACAGUCAGGUCGAGGCCAGAGCAAGAAGAGCGGGGCCACUGGAGCCUUGCCCACCCAGAAACGAAAAAAAGCUGACUCUCUCCCCGGUCUGAGUAACACCGCUGGGUCCCUCCCCAACCGUACUGAGGGCAAAACUGCAAAACCCACCAAGCUGGCGUCUAAAUCAGCCGCCUCAGCCAAAGCUGGGUGUAGCACUGUGACGGACUCCUCCUCCUCUGCCUCCACCUCCUCCUCUUCUUCCUCCACAGGCACCAACAGCACUGCCCCGCAGGGUGCGCGGGUCAAACAGGGCAAAGACCAGAACAAGGCUCGUCGGUCUCGCUCGGCAUCCAGCCCUUCCCCUCGCCGCAGUACCCGUGAUAAGGAGCAGGCCAAAGCGGCUGGUUCUUCCAAAUUUGAGUGGGCGGCUCGUUUCAACCCCAAAGUCAACCUGCCAAAGCCAAAACUGUCCCUGCCCGGGUCCUCCAAAACUGAAACCUCCAAACCUGGGCCCUCAGGACUACAGGCUAAACUAGCAAGUUUGAGGAAAUCCACUAAGAAGCGCAGCGAGUCUCCUCCAGCAGAGCUCCCCAGCUUUCGGCGGAGCACACGCCAAAAGACCACGGGCUCCUGUGCCAGCACCAGUCGGCGGGGCUCAGGCCUGGGCAAGCGGGGGGCAGUCGACGCUCGCCGCCAGGAGAAAAUGGCCGACUCCGAUAACAACCAGGAUGGGGCCAACUCAUCAGCAGCUCGCACCGAUGAGGCACCACAAGGGGCAUCGGCUUCUAGCUCAGUUGCCGGAGCUGUAGGCAUGACAUCUGGAGAGAGCGAGUCUGACGACUCUGAAAUGGGAAGGCUGCAAGCCCUUUUGGAGGCCAGGGGUCUCCCCCCACAUCUCUUUGGACCCCUUGGACCCCGCAUGUCGCAGCUGUUCCACAGGACCAUAGGCAGUGGAGCAAGCUCAAAAGCUCAGCAGCUGCUGCAAGGCCUGCAAGCCACAGGUGACGAGUCCCAGCAACUUCAGGCUGCCAUCGAGAUGUGCCAGCUGCUGGUGAUGGGCAAUGAGGAGACAUUGGGUGGAUUCCCAGUCAAGAGUGUUGUGCCCGCUUUGAUCACACUGUUACAAAUGGAGCAUAACUUUGAUAUUAUGAAUCAUGCCUCUCGGGCUCUCACUUAUAUGAUGGAGGCACUCCCUCGAUCCUCUGCUGUGGUGGUUGAUGCAAUUCCUGUCUUCCUGGAAAAGCUUCAGGUGAUUCAGUUCAUUGAUGUAGCAGAGCAGGCACUGACUGCCUUGGAGAUGUUGUCAAGGCGACACAGCAAAGCCAUCCUGCAGGCUGGUGGGCUUGCUGACUGCCUACUCUACUUGGAGUUCUUCAGUAUAAAUGCUCAGAGGAAUGCCCUGGCCAUUGCAGCUAAUUGCUGCCAGAGCAUCACCCCGGACGAGUUCCACUUUGUUGCUGAUUCUCUGCCACUGCUGACCCAGAGACUUACACAUCAGGAUAAGAAAUCCGUGGAAAGCACUUGUCUCUGUUUUGCCAGACUGGUGGACAACUUUCAGCAUGAGGAGAACCUGCUGCAGCAGGUCGCCUCACGAGACCUGCUGACCAACAUUCAGCAGCUGCUGGUGGUAACUCCUCCUGUGCUCAGUUCAGGGAUGUUCAUCAUGGUUGUGCGCAUGUUCUCCCUUAUGUGUUCCAACUGCCCCUGCCUGGCAGUGCAGCUCAUGAAGCAGAACAUAGCAGAGACUCUGCGCUUCCUCCUGUGUGGUGCAUCAAAUGGCAGCUGCCAAGAGCAGAUUGACCUGGUCCCGAGGAGCCCUCAGGAACUCUAUGAACUCACCUCUCUGAUAUGUGAGCUAAUGCCCUGCCUACCUCGAGAGGGUAUCUUUGCAGUGGAUGUCAUGCUGAAGAAAGGCAGUGCCCAGACCACAGAGGGAGCCAUCUGGCAGUGGAGAGAUGACCGGGGGCUCUGGCAUCCUUACAACCGCAUAGACAGCCGCAUCAUUGAGACAGCCCACCAGAAUGGGGAGGAUGAGAUCAGCUUGUCCACCCUGGGCCGUGUCUACACCAUUGACUUCAACUCAAUGCAGCAGAUCAAUGAAGACACAGGCACAGCACGUGGCAUCCAGAGGAAACCCAAUCCUCUUGCCAAUCCCAAUACAGGGAGUCACCAGGAAGUGCGGCGGGAGGAUGCACGAGCCCAGCUGAUGAAGGAGGACCCCGAGCUAGCUAAGUGCUUCAUCAAGACUCUUUUUGGGGUCCUGUACGAGGUGUACAGCUCCUCAGCUGGCCCCGCCGUCAGACACAAGUGCCUUAGAGCCAUCCUCAGGAUCAUCUACUUUGCUGACGCAGAGCUGCUGAAGGAUGUGCUGAGGAACCACGCUGUGUCCAGUCACAUUGCCUCCAUGCUAUCCAGCCAAGAUCUGAAGAUUGUAGUGGGUUCUCUGCAGAUGGCUGAGAUUCUCAUGCAGAAGCUGCCUGAUGUCUUCAGUGUCUAUUUUAGAAGAGAAGGUGUAAUGCACCAGGUGAAGAACCUUGCAGAGUCUGAGAGUUUCUUAGUCACUAGUCCCCCCAAGGCAUGCAGCAGUGGAACUGCCAGUCUGUGUACUACCACCAUCAGCACUGCGUCCUCUACAGCAGCAACUAAUGCCACUCCUGACCUGGGAUCACCCAGCUUCCAGCGCAUGGAGGAUUCACUGGACCUUAGCCCCCAGGGGCGGUUAAGUGAUGUCCUGAAGAGGAAACGGCUACCUAAAAGAGGGCCCAGAAGGCCCAAAUACUCUCCCCCUAGGGAUGAUGACAAAGUAGACAAUCAGGCCAAGAGCCCCACUACUACUCAGUCCCCAAAAUCAUCCUUCUUGGCCAGUCUGAAUCCCAAAACCUGGGGCAAGCUGGGUGCCCAGACAAACAGCGGCAGCUCUGAGCCUUCACGCACAGCUGGAGUGAGUGGCCUGGCAAGGGCACCUCCCAAGGAUUCAAUCUCAAAUAACAGGGAUAAGAUAAAGGCCUGGAUCAAAGAGCAGGCCAGUAGGUUUGUUGAACGCUACUUCAACUCUGAGAACGUGGAUGGCAGCAACCCUGCACUGAAUGUACUCCAGAGACUUUGCACAGCCACUGAGCAGCUCAACCUGCAGGUGGAUGGUAGUGUUGAAUGUCUGGUGGAAAUCUCUAGUAUCGUAUCGGAGUCUGAUGUCUCAUCGUUUGAGAUCCAGCACAGUGGGCUUGUGAAGCAGCUGUUACUCUACCUAACAUCCAACACUGACAGGGACAUGGUCAGCCGCGAUGUGCGGCUCAAGAGGUUUCUGCACGUCUUCUUUGGCUGUCCGGUUCCAGGGAUGGAGCCUGCGGGUCGUCUGGAGCCGUCAGAGAAUGCCCCUCUCUUGGCGCUGGUGCACAAGAUGAACAAUUGCCUUAGCCAAAUGGAGCAGUUUCCUGUCAAAGUGCAUGACUUCCCCAGUGGCAAUGGCAAUGGGAGCAGAGGUUCUCAGGCCCUAAAGUUCUUUAACACUCAUCAGCUCAAGUGUCAGCUGCAGAGACACCCAGAUUGCACUAAUGUCAAACAAUGGAAAGGUGGCCCAGUGAAGAUUGACCCCCUGGCCUUGGUGCAAGCCAUUGAGAGAUAUCUAGUUGUCCGAGGUUAUGGGAGAAUCAGAGAAGAGGAGGAAGACAGUGAUGAUGACGGUUCAGAUGAUGAAAUAGAUGAAUCACUGGCGGCACAGUUCCUGAAUUCUGGCAGUGUACGUCACAGGCUGCAGUUCUACAUAGGUGACCACCUGCUGCCCUACAAUAUGACUGUGUACCAGGCUGUGCGGCAAUUCAGCCUUCAGGCUGAAGAAGAGAGGGAAUCCACAGAUGAUGAGGCAAACCCACUUGGGCGGGCCGGCAUCUGGACCAAAACACAUACCAUAUGGUAUAAGCCUGUUAGAGAAGAUGAAGAUGGCAGCAAAGAUCCUGUAGGUGGAAAGAGGGGCCGGGCACAGACAGCCCCCACCAAAACCUCACCUCGUAAUGCCAAGAAACAGGAUGAACUGUGGCACGAUGGUGUGUGUCCCAGUGUUACCAAUCCAUUAGAGUCGUACCUCAUUUCGGAGCCACCAGAGACCAUAACAUUUGAUGACCCUUCUUUAGAGGUCAACCUGCUGCUGAGGGUCCUGCACUCCAUCAGUCGGUAUUGGUUCUACCUUUAUGAUAAUGCUGUGUGUAAGGAGAUCAUCCCCACGAGCGAGUUCAUCAACAAUAAACUGACAGCCAAGGCCAAUCGUCAGCUACAGGACCCGCUGGUCAUCAUGACGGGGAACAUUCCCACAUGGCUUAUCGAACUCGGCAAGACCUGCCCUUUCUUCUUUCCUUUUGACACACGGCAGAUGCUAUUUUAUGUGACUGCCUUCGACAGAGACAGAGCCAUGCAACGCCUACUUGACACCAACCCUGAGAUCAACCAAUCAGACUCUCAGGAUAGCCGAGUGGCACCGCGUCUUGAUAGGAAAAAGAGGACGAUAAACCGCGAGGAGCUGCUAAAACAGGCUGAAUCUGUGAUGCAGGACCUGGGCAGCUCCAGGGCCAUGUUAGAGAUCCAGUAUGAAAAUGAGGUGGGCACAGGUCUGGGCCCCACCCUGGAGUUUUAUGCUCUUGUGUCCCAGGAACUCCAGCGGGCUGACCUUGGGCUGUGGAGGGGCGAUGAGGUCACCCUGGCCAACCCUAAAGGAAGCCAAGAAGGGACCAAGUAUAUGUUCAGCUCUCGGGGGCUGUUUGCCGUUCCCUUUGGCAGGACAACCAAACCAGCACAUAUCGCCAAAAUAAAAAUGAAGUUCCGUUUCUUAGGAAAACUGAUGGCCAAAGCCAUUAUGGAUUUCAGACUGCUGGACCUGCCCCUGGGGCUGCCCUUCUACAAGUGGAUGUUACGGCACGAGACGUCCAUCAGCUCUCAUGACUUGGUCAACAUUGACCCCGGUGUGGCAAAGUCCAUCCAGCACUUGGAGGACAUUAUCCGCCAAAAGAAGAGGCUGGAGCAGGACCGGUCACAGACAAGGGAGACCCUGCAGCAGGCACUGGAGAGCCUGAACAUGAAUGGCUGUUCAGUGGAGGACCUAGGUUUGGACUUCACCCUACCAGGAUUCCCCAACAUUGAACUUAAAAAGGGGGGCAAAGAUCUUCCCGUCACGAUAUACAACCUGGAGGAGUAUCUCAGGUUGGUGGUGUACUGGACACUAAAUGAAGGCGUGUCAAGGCAGUUUGAGUCGUUCAGGGAAGGUUUCGAGUCAGUCUUCCCCCUGCAUCACCUACAGUAUUUCUAUCCAGAGGAGCUGGACCAGCUGCUGUGCGGCAGUAAAUCUGAGACGUGGGAUGUAAAAACCCUCAUGGAGUGCUGUCGACCUGACCACGGCUACACACACGAUAGCCGUGCGGUACGGUUCCUAUUUGAGGUGCUGAGCAGCUUUGAUGCCGAGCAGCAGAGACUCUUCCUGCAGUUUGUCACAGGAAGUCCAAGGCUGCCUGUCGGAGGUUUUCGGAGCCUAAAUCCCCCUCUGACCAUUGUGAGGAAGACCUUUGAGUCCACAGAGAACCCAGAUGACUUCCUCCCCUCAGUCAUGACCUGUGUCAACUACCUGAAGCUGCCCGACUACUCCAGCAUAGAGAUCAUGCGCGAGAAACUGUUGAUUGCAGCCCGCGAGGGCCAGCAGUCAUUCCACCUUUCCUGAUCUCUUUACAUCUCACAUAAAUAUGCCUUCUUCAGCAACUGAUGAAAUCAUGACUUCCUUCCUAGUUUUUUUUUUUUAAUCACAUACAUUGAGGCUAUAUGUACAGCCUUCUUGUUAGAGAAAGCAGCUUGCAGAAAAUUUAAGACUUCAGAUAUAUAUUUGCUGCCCCCAUCUCUCCUUAAAUAAAAAGGAAAGAUAUUACAUGGCUCACAGAACUUAAAGUGGAAAAAACUGAGAAAAACUUAUAUCAGUAGUUGAAUAAUGUUAAAAAAAGAAAAAGAAAAAAAACUGGGUGACAUUUUAAAUUGCAUUGCUGUGAUAUUUAAAAAAAAAGGGAUGUUUCCUCCCCAGAGUGGUGGAUAACGUCACUAUGUGGUGGGGGAGGGGGGUAUCCAUUGAGCAAGCUAGGUUCACUUUAGCUCCAAAGAUCAUUUGUACAGACAAAUUUGCAGACUUUGCUCAUUCUACACAUUUGAUAGAAUAGCUCUUUUUUCUCAUGUCUUCUCCCUUGAGUUUGUUUGUUCGCAUUUUGUUCUGUAUUAUAUUGGCCCCAGUUUGUGUAUUGCAUUUUGGUUCAGCUUUCACUUGUGUGUCUUUGCUUAAAGUUCUGGAAAUGAGAGUUGCAGUUGGUUGGAUGCGGGUAGUAAUGAGAGUUGUAUUAUUGUUGUUAUUAUUAUUAUUUUCCUACCCAAGUUGAAAUUGUGUUCUGGCCUGACUAUUGCAAAGGUGUGUGUUGGGCUAGUUAAUGUCUAGCUCUUAGUUUGGUUGUGUCUCCACACUGGACCCCACAGGAGGUGCAGGGUCCUCUGGGUAGACCAAGCUUUGAGCAACUCUCAACACAAAAUGUAGCUGGGCACAAAAUUAUACUGGUCUCAUCUUAUCCCGGCCAGAUAACAUUUCAAGGUCAUUUAUGAAAUAAAGUUUAUAUGCAGUUUCACACCCUGUUUGAGGUGGGAAUGUCUGCUUUACCUUUUUUUUAAUUUUCUAUAUUGUCUUUUUUUUCUUGCUGUAGGUUUUUUUUUUUUAAUUUUAUUUUAUUUUAUUAUUAUUAUUUUUUUUUUUGCACUGCUGGCUUGGAACAAACCGUGGUGUGCACCUGCAGUCUGUGGCCUGGGGAGGGCGCCACUGUAUGCUCCCCUGGCCAAAAUCGUUCAUGUGCUGAUUUCUAAGAUCUGCAAUAAUUUACUGCAUCAGGUUCAUGUUUUUACCUGAACAUAAAUAAAGUAACUGUUUG